UAUAACGACGACACGGUCGGUCGGGAUGCAGAGGCCAUCAACCUGCAUCAUCCUCCCAACCCAACGCCGAGCCGCCGCCUCCCUCCUGCUCUCUCUCGCUCUUAAUUUGGCCUGCCCUCCCCGCGCACCGAUAAAUAAACUCUCGCCGAGGGCGGUCGGACAAGAGAUCGGAAAGAGCAAGAACAUGGCGCGGCUCUCCGCCACCACCGUCCUCCUCGCCGCCGUCGCCUUCCUCGUUGCCGCCGCCGAGGCCGGCCCGCGCCGCGACGGCGACGCCAUCACCAAGGACUUCAUCUUCGCCCGGGGCAUCAAGCUCGACGUGGACGACACGCAGAGCAAGAUCGGCAUCCCGCUAAGCCGGCUCGCCGUCUCGCAGAGCAAGGUCGCCAUCCCGCUGAUGAGCAAGGUGGCCGUCCCGAAGAAGGGCGUCAGCUUGGAGGAAGGGCGCAUGCUGAUCGGCAGCGGCGGCGACGUGGCGGGCGCGGCCCCGGCGGCGCUGCAGGCGUGCGACCAGCUGGAGGCGUACCAGAGGGUGUGCCACACGCUGCUGCACCUGCCCGGGGUGACGACGGAGCGGGCGCUGCUGGAGACGGCGGUGCGGGUGGCGCUGGGGCGGGCGCGGGCGGCCAAGGUGACGUUCGACGCGGCGAUGCUGGCGUCCAAGGUCGGCAACCCGGUGGCGUCCAUCCUGGGGUCGUGCGAGCAGAACUACGACGACCUGGUGGACGCGCUGGAGGGGGUGAGCCGGGCCAUGCAGAAGCCCGGCACCACCGGCGAGAGCCUGGUGAACAAGAUGACGGCGGCCAGCACCUACGCCGGCGACUGCGACAACUGGUACCAGGAGCGCGACAUCAAGUCGCCCUACGAGACGAUGCAGCGCCACCUCGCGCAGAUGGUCUCCGUCGCCCUCGGCCUCGCCAACAAGAUCAAGAAGCUCUGAGCGGCAUCCCACACACACCACGCAUGCCAUUGCCAAUGCCAUUGCUAGCUAUGCCUAUGCUGCGUGCGCGUGCUGGUUAUUAAUGGACUCUUCAUUUUGUCAAGGGCGUGGUGUGAUGUACUCCGUAUGCCGCAUGCAUGCAUGCACUUGAUGCUAUAUAUGCUACUAUGUGAUCAAGGCUUGAGGAAGUUUGUAGUGCUAGUGUACACAAGUGUAUAUGCUAACACGGCAAGCAGGUUGACCUCAUUAACUAACUAAAUUAAAGCAUUUCAUCUCAAAUCAAAUGUUUCGAAUGGCUUUCCUUUCCUUCUUUGUAUUGGGAAAUGCCUUGUGACUUCAUGACUGGCAAGUUCCAUCAAGUUACAUGACAUCUUUCUUUAUGUGGUAUUUUCUUUUUGAUGAUCUCUUAUGAAAUGCCGCAAUAUUCGGCCAGAAAAUAGCAUCGCAAUCCAUAAUUGAUUGAGUUUACUAAAAGAGCAUUCGACAUUUGUUGCUGGAAUGGGAAAGAUGACACGAUUUACAUGGUCUUGCAUUGCAAGUUCUCCUAUAAAUAACAACUUAUAUGAUAUACGGAGUACUCUGUAUUACCCGAAACCGAGGACGCUUGGGGACAAUGAGAUAUCCACCGCUGCAGGCAUGUUUGAACAAAUUUAAAUCGUCAAAAAUCUACCGGUAAAUUAAACAUUUUUCCAACUAGCCUCUUAUGAGAUUUGUUUCACUCUCAUCUCAUGAGUUUUGGUAGCAUGGUUAUGAUAGGUCGCUCUCGAUUUUGAUUUGCAUCGCUAGUUCUUGUGCAACACCCCAUGUACCCCCCCUUGCAGCGAUGCACCUAUGAUGUGUUUCAGUUUGGGAGAUCAGAUCACCAAAUUUGGUGCGGCUACCCAUUUUAUGCUAGAACUGUUCUUCACGAACGAUGAGCUGAGCUGGUGAUUCAGCAACCAAUACAUUCCACCCGUGAGGAACAUCGUUGUCGCACAAGCAAACGCAGCAUAAUGAUGACAAUCAUCAACAAUGCCACUAAGAAAUUCCACAAGAAAAUCAGACCGGACCUCCUAAACUCAGAAUGCUCUCUUAAGUUGAAGAUAUCUUUGUGGACUUGCUGGUGCCUGCACCACAGGUCAUCAUACACUCACAAGUAAGAAAUGGCAGGCAAUACAGAUUAGACAUGCAUCCGACAUUUUUUUUUUACUCGUGUACCUCCAAUCAAAAUAGCCUGGAAUGAAAAAUAGUAACAUUGGAAACAGGGCCCAAGCUUGUAAGUAACAUCAAUAGAGUAAAAAAACCAAUAUGAUACAGGUGAUAUCAACUAGGAAAAGAAAGAAUUGGACGACAA